GGGGGGAGUUGGAGAUGGGAGAGACCGCAUGCCGGGCUUCCCUGCGCUGCCCCUCCCCGGCCUGUCACCCUCAUCCCGGCCGCUGCGGCCUGGCUCGCUCCCCGGCUUCUCAGGGCCGACUUUCUGGGAAGUUUCCCUGAGCUGCCCCCGGCUUGCGGCAGGGAGCCGGAAACUUUACAGCGGCCCUGACAGCCACUGCCACCCGUGCCCCUGUGCUGCCCCCUGCCCUCCCCGCUGUGACAGCAGCUCCCACACCUGUGGUGGCCUGUAGCAGGGAGCAGCCUGCCCCAUUGCUGUCUCAGGGCGUGUAUAGGGGCAUCCCCUCACCAUCACGGAUGCUGGCUGCUCACAGUGUGUGUUUACAGGUACAUUUGAUAUGCAUACUUUUUAAACUUGGAAGAUAUAAGGGAAAGCUGGGAAGACAUCUUUGGAGGAUCAGAGAAUAUGAAACAGGUUUCAACAUGACAUCCAGAUUUGGGAAAACAUAUAGCCGCAAGGGUGGAAAUGGAAAUUCCAAGUUUGACGAGGUGUUUUCCAACAAACGAACAACUCUCAGUACAAAAUGGGGAGAGACCACAUUUGUGGCCAAAGUCAGUCAGAAGAGACAGAACCAUAAACCAGAAGUUGCAGAUAUCCCGAAGAGAGCUAGAGUUGAAGAUGAUAACCUCACCGAGGAUCCAUUUGGAUUCGAUAGUGAUGAGGAGUCAAAGCCAAUAUCUUCAAAAAAUGUCAGCCAGCCUAAGAGUACAGCUCCGCUCUCUUCAGAGCGUCUGGGAGGAUCUGGAUCUGAGAACUUCAGUCCAGUAGUGGAAACAAAUAGCAAAACGGAUCAUACCAUCUCUGCGGAAACCACCGUGUCAUACAAGUUUAUUUCUAUGGAUGGAUCAUUGCAUGGAUUGAAAGAAAAAAAUGCCAACAAGCUCACUGAAGAUGGUAAAAGACUUCACAGUUCGCCUAAGAAAAAUAACACAGGUAAUGUGCAGAAUCUUAUAGAGGACAAAAAUAGUUUCAUUGCUCCAAAGAAGACAGAUAACGACAGCAAAAAAUCUGUUGACACAUUACACUUUGGUUUUUCCACAAAAUCUUGUAAUAGCAGCAAGAAGCAUGUGGAACCAUUCAUUUCUGAUUUCACCACAGAGACAGAUGACUGGGAGUUUGACACUGUAAAGAGGCUGGAUUCUCCAGUACAAGAUGACCAGACCAGAAGCGUGCAAAAUCUGGUACUGUAUGACUGGGACGAGAUGAAUCCAGAAGAUUCUGAAAUUCCAGACCUUGACUUCAGUCUAGAAGGAAGCAGUCCUUCCGAACCCAAACUUGAAGAUGACAGUCUCAUCCUCACUAAGGAACAAAUGGACAGCCUAGAGGAGCAAAUGAGUGAGGAUGUUCUCCAAGGUGGAGUUAAACUCAGUAAUUGUAGGACAUACUGUAGGUCUACUAAAGCAAAAUCUACGCAGGGUUCUUUAAACUUUGACAAAGUUUUAGAUGGCUCAAGUUAUACAUCAUCCAAGUCUAACAGUACAACAGAAAAGGGAAACACCAUGAAUAAAAGCAGUGGCACCAGAACCACUGGACGGACUAGGGAUUACACUGUUCUUCAUCCAUCUUGUUUAUCCGUCUGUAAUGUUACCAUACAGGAUGGCAUGGACCGAAGUAUAGAUGAGUUUGCUACAAAUCAGUCUACAGAUAUAGGAGAAGCAGGGCGUCUCCGAAAGAAAGCUGAUCUUGCAACAGCGAAAACAACCACAAGGUUUCGCCCUGGCAAUACUAAAUCUAAAAAAGAUGCCAAAUUGGAGUUUUUUGGGUUUGAUGACCAAGAAGGAAUUGGUGAGGAUGGUGGUUCUAAACCAUUUGGACAGUCAAGUUAUAGAAUUAAAUAUUUUGGAUUUGAUGACUUGAGUGAAAGUGACGACGAAGAUGAAGAUGACUGGCAUCAAAAAGAGAGAAAAGCACAGAAGAAAGCUAAGUGUACCACAGCCUCAUCAGAGUCCAGUGCACUAAGAUCAGGAGUUGCUACAAAUGUGCAAAAUAUUCAGUCUACAAAUAACAUGGAGAAACCACCCACCAUUCAAACAAGCAGCAGUCCUCUUCCUGGCAAAAAUAAAGAGUCUUUAGAAGAUUUAUAUGCAGUACCUGAAGUUUUCAAAAAGCCUGCUAGCAGACAUGGAGAUAAAAGCAAAGAUGGCGGCCGGAAAAUAUUCAGUGGACCAAAACGGUCUCCAACAAAAGCAGUGUAUAAUGCAAGGCACUGGAACCAACCAGAGUCAGAGGAGCUCCCUGCCUUACCAGCACUGAAAGCUCAGUCUGCACCAGCAAAACCUUCAGAGGCUCCAUGUCCCAAGGAUGAUGGUGUGUUUAAGGCACCGGCUCCUCCUCCCAAAGUGAUUAAAACUGUGACUAUUCCCACACAGCCCUAUCAAGACAUAGUAACUGCACUGAAAUGCAGGAAGGAGCAUAAAGAGCUGUACACCGUUGUUCAACACGUGAAGCACUUCAAUGAUGUGGUAGAAUUUGGUGAAAAUCAGGAGUUCACAGAUGAUAUUGAGUACUUGCUCAGUGGACUGAAGAGUAACCAGCCCAUAAACACGCGAUGCCUUAGUGUAAUAAGCUUGGCGACAAAGUGUGCGAUGCCAAGCUUCCGAAUGCACCUGCGAGCACAUGGAAUGGUAGCCAUGGUAUUUAAAACACUGGACGACAGUCAGCAUCACCAGAAUCUAGCGCUUUGUACUGCUGCACUGAUGUACAUACUAAGCAGAGACCGCUUAAACAUGGACCUUGACCGUGCUAGUCUGGAUCUUAUGAUCAGACUUUUGGAGAUGGAGCAAGAUACUACAUCCAGGUAUAUGAAUGAGAAGGAUAUGAACAAAAUAAAAGAGAAAAUCCGUAAGCUGUGUGAAACAGUCCACAAUAAGCAUCUAGAUUUGGAGAAUAUCACGACUGGUCAUUUAGCUAUGGAGACAUUAUUGUCUCUUACAUCGAAACGAGCAGGCGACUGGUUUAAAGAGGAACUAAGACUUUUAGGUGGACUUGACCAUAUUGUAGACAAAGUUAAAGAAUGUGCGAAUCAUCUUGAUGACAACGAUGAAAAUGAAGAAAAAUUAGUUGCAUAUUUGUGGGGUGCAGAAAGGUGUUUGAGGGUCCUGGAGAGUGUUACAGUGCACAAUCCAGAAAACCAGAGUUACUUAAUUGCAUACAAAGAUUCCCAACUUAUAGUGGCAUCCGCAAAAGCUCUUAGACACUGUGAGGAGUUCAUCCAGAAAUAUAACCGAGCUGAAGAUAGCAUCUGCAUUCCUCACGACAAACCACUCCCAUACCACAAUGCUGGAAGCAACGUAGGCAAAGCCGUGGAGGACUGUAUGAGGGCAAUCAUUGGUGUACUGCUGAACCUAACCAACGAUAAUGAGUGGGGCAGUACAAAGACUGGUGAACAGGACAAUCUGAUUAACACUGCACUGAACUGUGUUCUUCUAGUUCCAAAGUACCUACCUCAAGAACAGAGAUUUGAUAUUAGAGUUUUGGGAUUGGGUCUACUGAUUAAUUUGGUUGAGUACAGUGCUAGAAACCGGCACUGCCUAGUGAACAUGGAGACCAUACAAUCGUAUGAUUCCUUUACCGGGGAAGGAGAAGAGUGUGUGCGGGAAACCAGCCAGCUUGAUGCUGUCCAUGCAUUGGUUCAGCUUUUUCUGGAACGGGAGCAAGCAGCCCUAUUAGCUGAAAGUCAGACAGAUGAGCUAAUCAAAGAAGUUCCUGCAGCGCCGCAAGACAAGAGUGGUGAAUGGCAGGAGACGGGAGGAGAGAUCCAGUGGGUCACAACUGAACAGAUCCCAAAUUCAGAGGAGCCUGAAAAAGAACCAGAAAAGAAGGAAGAGGAGGAUGAAGAACUUGAUCUUAAUAAAGCCCUCCAGCAUGCAGGCAAACACAUGGAAGAUUGCAUUGUUGCCUCCUAUACAGCUUUGCUUUUGGGUUGUCUCUGCCAGGAGAGUCCGAUGAACGUGACUACUGUACGGAGUCAUUUACCUGAUGGAGACUUCUCAAUAAUGACUGAAAUGCUUAAAAAGUUUCUAAGUUUCAUGAAUCUAACAUGUGCAGUGGGAACAACAGGACAGAAGUCAAUCUCCAGAGUCAUUGAGUAUUUGGAACACUGCUAGGUUUCUAUUGUCAACAGACCCUCACUAAUGCUGGAUAUUCUCCAUCUGCAAAAGGAACAAGUCAUGUUAAAGAGUCCCUGAAGAUGCACUGAUUACAUUUGUCUGUGCUACUUAUACUAAAAAGGCAAACAGGACUCCCGUUCUGCAGUUUUCGUUGAGCAUGAGUUUGCCACACCAACCAGGUUACAGCCGAACAUAAUGGCGGCUUUUAAACUUCAGAUCAGAGGGAUAAGAUGCCCGACUGUUUUAAACUUUUACAGUAUUUGAGUUCUUUUGUGUUUAAAUAGAAUUCAUCUGGGCUUAAAAUUUAUUUUUUUCCUCCGGUAAGUUUUAUAAUGGCCAGUCAAAGGAAAGAAAUGUAAAAUCGCAAAGAAAUUGCUGCUGAUCGUGCAACUGCUGUUUUACUUUUGAAGUACUGCAUUCUCUGCCAGCCAGGUACAAAGACAGCGCAACUGGCGUGAAGUCAUACAAAGCUCGAUCUGUUUAUUUCUCGACAAGAGACUACUUUUGUGUGUGGGGUUUUUUUUUGUUUUUUUUUUUGUUUGUUUUUUUGCUUUGUAUUAGGCUUUUCAAUGCUUCCAGAACUUUAGGACAUAUAUAAAACUUUUUAGAAUAUUGUUAAUAGAUUUUUGUCCCCUGGCUAUUUUGCUUACUUUUUAUACUAGAUGCUUCCAAUCCUCAUAACACCUUGUUCUAGAAAUGUAUUUUCUAUAUAUGUUGUCGUCGCCCCUCCCUUUUUUUUUUUUUUUUCUCAAUUCUUUCUUAAUUUAAGACUUGUGGAUAUUGUUGACUCAAUUAUGUUGUGAUAUUUGUAAAGCUUUGCAGCACUAAAUUACAGUGGGUAAGGCCGGUAAACCCUGGCUUUCGAGUGUGCCAGAGCGCAGCAAGUUUGGAAGUGCUUCUGUCGAUAGCUCAGUUGUACAUUAUGUACUCAAUUAGUAAAUAGGGAUCUAUUUUUAUAUUUCAGGUGGUCCAUCUCAGGUGUCAUCUUGGACUAAUAUAUAUGAGGAGGCAUGUGCCCUUAUUUGACUUUCAGGGAGUUUUUUUCCUUGAAUACCCUUCUGCCACAGUAAUUUGCAAGGCCUUGUGUGGCGGGGAACAUGCCUUCUGAAGUGCAAUGCAAGGGUUUGUGUUAUUUUUAGUUUCAUGAAACCUUUGCUGAACUGCACAGGUUUGCAGCACCUUGCAAUUACAUGUUUUAAGCCUUUUUGUCAACCUAAGAGAACAGCGGGCACUCUUCACAAGAUUGUUGAUUGAUGAAAGAGUCUUGGAUACAUUUAUGCCACCAGUCGGAUAGGUCCCUCCAACGUUGCCAUGCUUGACAAGUGAUCUCUGUGUUAAACUACUUUUUGAAUUUAAAGUUAUUUCUUUUUUUUUCUUUUUUUUAGUUGAAAAAGCAGUCGAACAUUUAGAGAUGAACUUCUGGCCUGACAACGUAGACCUAUAUACGAGUUGAUAUUUUUUUUUGUAUCAGACAGACUAUUUUCUCUACUAGGCUGUAUCCGAUACACACCAUAACAGAAUGUGACUGUCUUAGAACAAGGAACAGAGUUAUCUAAGCCAUAUAGUUGAACAGCCAACUGCAUCUCUGCCUAUCUGUAAAACUUUAAGAAAGGUGGAAGAAUGCUGUCGGUAGUAUUGAUUUUCUGUAAUACAUGAAAUAGUUGAGGUUCUUAGCAAUAUUUAUGUGAAAAUGUUAAUAAAAAUAUAUUCAGUUUAAGGAUUAUUUCUAGAGCAACUAAUCUUGCACUCUUACCCACAGUUAUCAUCUUUUAUAGUCUUGGCUGUUAGCAGAGGAAGGUGUUAUAUGAAGGUUGUAUAUCUUCUCAUGGCUUGGGGAACACGAGGAGACAAAGCUAACUUUCCAAAGAGUGGCUUUAGCUAUAUGUCAUAAUUUUAUUUUUCAUUUUUACACAGAUCAUUGCUUGGUUUACUCGUCGAUAAAUGGUAUUUUAUUUUGCAAGUUGGCCUUUUGAUUUAUCUACAUUGGUUUGGUUAGGAUUUCUCAUCCUCCUAAAGCAUUAGGUAAUAGUUCUACUAGAAGUAAUAGUAUUUUAAGCCCACUAACUAAUUGAAAGAAUGGCUAGCACGACUUAAACAUUUGAUGAGCAAUCUAAACACUUAUUGUCAAAGUUGCUAGAUAAAAAAAUGAAUUAAACAAGAACCCUUCGUUGAUCUACUUUACUGAUUAACGUCAGAACAAGGGCAGUAAUCCCAAACGUUUAAUAUGCAGUUAUAUUUUGUUUGCAUACGGUUUUUCAGUGACAGUAGGCUUGUGGACUAUCCAUGAAAGCUCCUUCUUAGGACAAAAUAUUUAAAAUAAAGUAUAUGUUUUAUGAGCAACUAUCUCUUUUGUACUAUUGUAAAUUUGAUUUUGUUUCUCUUGUCAAUAAAUAAGAUAACCCAUACCCCAGUAUGUUCUCAUGUAAGAUUUUCCACAAUUUUGUGCUAAGUUAUUAAAAGUAAAACAUUUUUGUGAACAUUCUCUGCAAAAACAGAGAAUAAUAGCUUGUCCUUGCAGUGUUCUGAAUAUGAUAGUGAUGCACAACCCGUAAAAUAAUACAGCAAUUAGCGGUUGGUUUUAUAAGUAUUACUCCCUUUGCCCUUCAGCAAUCAAACACAGCGUUUCUGUCUUUGUAAUCAAUCAGAUUAGACUUCUGAAAUACUAUUUUAACAAAGAUAAAUCACAGCAAAGAUGAUGAACUUGAUCUAGAUGUUAUUUAAGUUGAAUUACAGAAGUACAGUGUUUCCUUAAAGGAGAUGCUAAUUGAAGUCUGGACAAGAAUUAUGUGCAGUGUUUUAUUUAAAGACCAUAUUAUCUAAGUGGGCAUUUUGUUAUAAAUUGAUUUGAUAGCCGUUAUUUGGUAGCAUGAUUGCUAAACAUUGCUAAAGUCGCAGGUACCCAGGAGUUUGUAAUUUUACCGGGAUAGGUUUGUGUUGGCGGCAAGGUUGGAUGUAUGAGUUAAUUACUCUGGUAUUGGCAACUACUACUAAUCUUUUUUCUGAUGUGCUAAAUUUGCCUGGCUGUACUGCUUUGUACUCGAACAGCACAAUUCUUGGAUUAUAUAUACGAAACAAGGUUUUGUGCACAAAAACCCCCGCUAUCAUAUAUGCAAUACACUGAAAAGAAUGAAUUUAUUUUUGUCUUUAUUUUGAGGUAAUAUAUCUUUAUGGAUGUUAAAUUGUCUAAACUUUCCAUAGAGCUUUUAAUAGAUGGCGGAUCAUCCAGAAUUGGCAAUCAAUGGAAAACAUGUUGGUGGGUUUAUGAGCCUCAACAUAACUGAAACAUCUCGCAUAAAUAAGCAGCAUCUGUAAUGUACAAUGCCAGCUUUUCUUAUUUACAGUUUUUGGGUAAUAUGCUUUUGUCUGGAAAGUUUAUGAUCAUAUAUCCUAUUAUCCAUUUACAAAGGAGAAAUAAAGGCAGUGAAUAAAGAGUAAUUACAGACCUGGAGUGGGGGAAAAGUUCUGGGGAAUUAACCAAUCUGCAUAUAUGUUUUACUUACUUUAGUGAUUUAGGUGAACAUGCCCAAAUUUAAAAACGCAACAUCAUUUUUAUGUGAAUGUUAUAGAACUUUUAGUGCUUGACCAUAGCACACCAAAAACCUUAAAAGAUGUUAACAAACUGAAUCACCCAGAAACCGAAUGUCUGUAGGUAUAGGUAGAUACUACCAAUCAUUUGUAUUUCAUAACUGAUAUUUGUUUUAUCUAAAAUAAACCAUACCAUUUUAAAUUAGUGUUUAUAUAAGAGUUUUAUAGAGCAAAAGUAAACUAAGACAAUAUGGCUUCUGCACUGCCAGUGCAUUAGAUGUUAAAUGGGAAAAUAUCAGGAGUUGUUUAAAUGAAUAAAAAACAAAUAAAAGCUGAAGAGUACAGUUAUAUCUGUUGAAUAUUUUUCCUUAAGGGCCUCAUAUGUGCUGUAUAUAGCAUGGUGAUAUUUCAGUAAUUAAGUUUAAAUGCACUGUUAUAUUUCCCACUUUUUUCACUAAUAAACUUUCCCACCUAUGAAAACUCAUUUUGUGCAACUAUAGAGGUCAACUACCUCUGUUCCAGCAUAUCUUCAGUUCACCUUUUCUUUUCUCCAACGUAAACUUUUCUGAAUGAGCCCUUACUUAACGAAAAUACUUUAUCUGAUUUGCCAUAUAUAGAGGAAAAUUGAUCAAAAUUUUCAGAAUUUAUAAAACACUGUAAAAAGAUAAAAUUUUAUGGCUUGUACCUGAUGUGUUUUUAGGACCCUCAUUCUUCCAACGAAAAAAAAAAUGCAUUGCAAUUUGAAGCAGUAAAAAGACCAUGGAAAUAACCUAAAUCGCAGUCUCCCUGUCACAUGCAAGCAUUUUUACCAAUAAAGCUUUGAGUCAAUAUUAUGUGGUAGUAAACCAUUUUUUUUGUUUUGUUUUUUUCUGAUUUCUAUUUUUUUGUUUUUUUUGUUUUUUUUGUUUCAUGCUUUAAAAAAUAUGUCUUAAUCAUAGCACUCUUGUGAGAUAAAUGUUAAGGAUUUUGAAUAAAUUAAACAUUAAGGUGAGUGCAGAGCUCCUGUAACCAGUGUUAGGGUUUUUUUUUUUUUAAGAUUUAAUCUAAAGAUAUACAUUCUUUAUUCUAGCAUAUUAUCGUUUGUCUUAAUUUAAACUAUUUCUGUAUUCUUUUGAGUGUGUAUCAAUUUUAACAACUCCUAAAAAAAAAAAAAAAUCUUAACCUUAUUUGUUUUUUGUUUUCUCCCCUCAAAGAUCUCAUCCAAUGUGCAAUGUCUUAACACUGGGCAUAGUUGUUGUAGGGAUUUUGUUAUGUAGAUUGUUUUUUUUUUUUUUUUUUUUAUCUUUUAGAAGGUGCAUAAUGGGUUUUUCAGACCAAACAAAUUGUAUUUCUUUGUUUUUGUUUUUUAAUUAUUUUUUUUAUUGUGGAGAAAUAACUUCCUAUAUUUUCUCGCCUAUAUGCAGUCCCACCUUAAGUGACUAGGUUUUGAGCAGGGAGAGUGCCCCCUGUAUUCAAUGUGAAUAAUAAAGUUGAGCAUGGCUUUUAAAAAAGCCAGCCGUUUAGUAAUACUCAAGCUUUCUAUGCCUCUUCAGUGUACACAAUCUCUCACUUGGGUUCAAAUCCUUAGAAUGCGCUCUGGCAUGGUAAUUAAUGAUGUUGCUGUUUUUUUAAAGUAGAUUUCUGGUAGGAGCCAUUUUGUUAACUACAAUUCAUUAAUAUGCUGAAGAUUCCCCAUCAAAGAUUUUGCUUUAAGGGUACUUGAAACCUACUUGCAAGUUAACUAAAGUUUUAAAGUAACAUUUUCCACUGUAUAUAUUGAUGUAAAUACAAGCCAUUGGAAAUUAGAAUGGUAGCGUACCUUUCUGACUCCAAUCCUAUUUUUAUUUUAUACAGUAUUUCUCAGCUGUGAUCUUUGGAGCAAAAGCUAACGGCAGGAAAAUUUAAAUCAAGUUUGUACCAGUUUCAUGAAGUUUGUCUUUGAGUUUUUUGUAAAUAAUUUUAACUCCAAUAAAAAUUGCUACUUUCAGUA